CUUCCUACUAGUAUCAUGCGAUAAACCACAAGGCUGUCUGUUCGAUCGAUAUCAAUCGUUCCACGGCCGUGAGCCUCUUGCGCGGGGUAACCACGCCUGGCACAGUCACUAGUAUAGUAUUGUCGAUAAUCCCGCCACUCGCUUGCCCCCGAGGGACAGGACAUGACUCUCUCCGGGCCUCUAUCGCAUCCGUCGCAUAUUCACGAAGAUUCCUACCACUAUGGCCAACGAAACAUUGUCUGGAUAUUGUCCGACUCCUUUCCUCCAGGAGUCACUGUUCCCAUCGAAAGGUGGAUUCAUUGACGGACGGUUUUGUGAGGAGCUUACUACAGAGCAUGGCAAGGUCUCUUGCUGUCUUCCAUGCCCAUUGGCAGAAUGGACCUAUGGCGAAAAAUUGAUCUCCCAAACCAAGGUCGCCAGUUGGCUUGGUGUCGCUACAUUGCCCCUGUGCAUCUUCCUCCUGGUAUCAUUCGCCGUGCUGCCCCCGAAAUGGACGCAUCGUCAUUACCUGAGCAUCUGCUUCACCCUGGGAAUCUGCUGUAUGGAGAUCGCCUUCAUCAUCCCGCUAGGAGUCAAACCGGAGCAAUGCUACAACCAAAUCACCCCUAAUGAUAUGCACACCGACUUGUCAUGCGCCUUUACCGGUUCCCUACUCCUCUUCGGAGGCUGGGUAUGCGUCGUAUUCAGUUUCAUCCGCACACUAGCCUUCCACCUCCAAGUCUGCUGGGAAAUCAUGCUCGGCCCGAAAUUCAUGUGGACAGCACUCAUCCUAGGCUGGGGUAUUCCUGCCGUCGGUCUGACUGAGAUGCUCAUCUUGACUGGAGUAUCCUACCGCUUCGGCACCGUCUGCCACAUCAACGUCCACGACAGCAACAGAGACUACUGGGCGCCCGUCGUCGCAUUCGCCGGAGCAUCCCUCUUCCUCCAAUUCGCCACCCUCGUCUACUGCAUCUACAUCUACGUCAAAUCCAUCUAUGACGAGGAAACCUCCACCACCAGCUCUGGUCUUCCUUCCUACUCCGCCAGCGUCCGCACCGUCACAGCCCGUCAAGCCUACCGUCGCGUCCGCCGCGUCCUGCAACUUCAAUGGCGCGGUGUCGCCCUGGUCCUCGUCAUCUUGACCAACGUCAUCUUCUUCGCCGUUGUCUUCAUCAAAAUGGAUAACCAUCUCACCUCCACCGUCGCUAAUAUAAAACUCGCCACCCCCUGGCUCACCUGUCUCGUCGAAACUAAAGGCAACGUCCAGGAAUGCUACAGUGAAGCCGAAGCUAUCGUCCCGAACAAAGCCACCCUCCUCGCUGUCCUGAUUCUACUGGCGACGGUCGGCUUCUGGAACUUCGUCCUCUACGCCCGUCCUUCUAUCUUCGUCGGUUGGGGCGAAUUCUUCAAAGCCCGUGUUACGCAGCCUAACGAGUUCGUCUCUGUCGAUGCGCGCAGAGGAACGCCGGAUCCUCGCGCUUACGAGAUGAUCUCGGGAUCAAGUCUGCCUCCAUAUAAGACCCCUGAGCCAGUUGUGCGGUCCCCGAGUCCCGCACGGACGAUGGGUGCCCGUAGCCCGGAAGCCAAAGGCGGGCAGCACUAUGGUCGCGAGGCUCGCUAUGUACGGCCCUCGAUGAGUUUCUCAUCUCCGAGACCGCCCAGUGCGACGCAGAAUGGCGGGGAACGUGAAUGGGAUCCAGAAGCUACGUUUGCUAAGAGCCAUUCACAGAAGGGAUCGAUAUAAUGCAGUGGGAUUGGCGUUUGUGACAUGGUUUGGUUAGGUUUCUUUGUUAGCAUGGGGCGCAGGAAAAGCCGCUCUAUAUUAUUAUUAUUACUGUGUGAUGUGAUGUGAGACUAUUAACUGUUUACGGCUGGAUUUGAUGUUUUUAUAUACCCUGAUGCAUUGAUGUUUGUAUGUAUACAAUAC